AUGCUUCUUGUCUUGGGGGUUGGUUGGGGGGGUAUUCUGUUUUUAUUCGGGGGGUAUGGAUAUGAAUAUGCAUCAUCUCCUAGUGGUCCUAACGGAGAUGGUCAAAAAACCACUGCGUUGUUCCCAGGAAUUCUCAUUUUCUUCCUCGGUAUGAUUGGGAAUAUCUAUUCGGAGAGACAUUUAUUCAGACUGAGGAGGGAAGAAGGGGAUAGACGCGCUGCUACCACCGCCAACGACGACAAGAGAAAAGAGGUUGCAGAACAAAACCACAAAAAGAAUAAAUACAACAAGGUCUACGUCCUCCCUCCUGCAAAGGGUAUCUUCCGUUCCAUCCUCUACCCGCAUUAUGUCUUCGAGUGGCUCGAAUGGCUUGGCUUCGCUCUCGUUGGCACUGCGGUCUUUCCGUCUAGCCGGUUUGUCGCACAGAGUUUCUCUUCUGCUGCUUGCUCAAUUACGCUCGUGCCGUGGCUCGUUCCCUUUGCUGCUCUGGCUGAGAAGUUGCACAUUCCACUUCCGCUUCCUGCUGUGCUGUUCUUUGUGAAUGCAGUUGCGAAUAUGCUUCCGCAUGCACGCUGGGGAAGGAAGUGGUAUGUUGAGAAGUUUGGUGAGAGGGCAGUUGCUGGGCGGGGAGCUGUAGUGCCCUGGUGUACAUGGUUGUAG